AUGCCGGGUAGGUCUGGUUCGUUCCCGAACCUGUCUCCUGCUCGUGUGAUUGCUGCAGCCGGAGUAGCGGGAGGAACAAGGGCAGCAAGAGCAACGGGGGCAGCAGGGGCAGUAGGUACAGCAGGGGCAGCAGGAGGAAGAGGCAAGGCUCCCGUGGUUGCGUAUGGGCAUUGUAGGUCCUUGUCGUUUGGAGGGAGCAGCAACACGCGCCUGCAGGCUGAUGAUUGCAGCGGUGACGAGGAUGACUAUACAGAGGACAGUUUUGGUGAGGAGCAGGUGGGCAGGAAGCGUUGCAAUGAUAUCGAGGUUUACCAUACAAGAGUUUCUGCUGGUGCUGGUGCUGGUGCUGGUGCUGGUGGUGAUGGUGCUGGUGGUUGUUCUGGUCAUGGUGGAAAGGGGAACGAGGAGAAGAAGAAGGCGUCUGGUUCAAAAAAGGGGGGAAGCAGAGAGGGCAGCGAUCCUCGGAGAAGGCAAGAGGCCGAGUCUGGCUUUUCUGAAGGUGACGAGGAUGACUCCGAUGCGUUUGAGUGGCGCCCGUCUCGCCGCCGCACUCGCAUUCUGGGCGGUGUUGCCCGGUCCACGUCAGCAGUCACCUCUCCCACGUCAGCGAUGGGUUGGACAGGCGUGAUAGUGGUGACGGUAGAAGCAGGCACGGUGGCAGUGGUGAGGGUGGGAGGUAUGGUGGCAGUGGUGACGGUGAGAGGCAUGGUAGUGGCGAUGGUGGGAGCAAAGAGGCAAGAGGGGACAGGCGUAGGGGCAUUGGAACGGGAGCAGGAGCAGGAGGAGGGGGAGGAGGAGGAGUAG